UAGCGUGCCGCGAGAGGGUGUCGCGCAAGGCAGGUCAGGGCUGGGGCUCAGUACGUUUGCGUACGCUGUGUCGUAUGUGUCGUGCGACGUUCCUCCGCGAUUCUUCGCUUGCUAACUUCUCCAUUCUCUGUGUAUCGGAUCCUUCGGUGCGAAAGCAACACAUCACAUCAAAUACCAUCAAGUGUGAUAACAAAGUGUGCAUUAUUCGAUGGUGAUGGUGCAACGAGCUUAUAUAAUUAUUGGCGUGUAUUAAGCAGAAUUGCAUAUAACGUGUGAUACAAGUGAGUGAGUGCAUACUGCUCUUUUCGUCGAUCUUUUCCCAUUAUAUACAGUGUUUCUUUAACUACUUCUUUUCCACUUCGGUCUGGCAUCAUAUACAUAUAUGUAUAUAUGCAGAUUUAUUUUCUAUUUAUUUUGAACCGCUUAAAGAAAGUGAGAGCAUUCAAAAGUGCAGGCAGAGCAACGAUCAUGGCAUUGCACGGGGAAAACGUAGUAAUGAUUUUGUUUAUAUUUUUUGUAUUUGCUGACCCCAUCAACGAUUAUCCUGGGACAUAUCAGUUGGAGUACGCAGGAGCCAGAAUCGCACAACUCACAGUUGGUAGCAUCAAAUCAAGAACUGCAGAAUCAAACUCCAAAUCAGAAAGUAGAUCAAGAAUUUGCUAAAAUGACAGAUCAACGAGAACAACAACCUCAACCACAACAACAGCAACAGGCGCAACAGCAACAACAAACCAAAGGCAAUGAAGAACCAAGAACAAAUUUGAUUAUCAAUUAUCUUCCACAGAGUAUGACAGAAAAAGAUCUUUAUAGUCUUUUUGUAACUAUUGGGCCUGUGGAAUCUUGUCGUGUAAUGAAAGAUUAUAAGACAGGGUAUAGUUAUGGUUUUGGAUUUGUUAAUUAUGCAAAAGCUGAAGAUGCAGCCACAGCUAUAAGUACUUUAAAUGGACUUCAAGUUCAGAACAAAAGGCUAAAAGUAUCCUUUGCACGACCAUCUGGUGAAGAGAUUAAAGAAACUAAUCUUUAUGUAACAAAUUUGCCGAGAAAUAUAACUGAAAGUCAGAUUGAUGAUAUAUUUAGUAAAUAUGGAAAUAUUGUGCAAAAAAAUAUUUUAAAAGACAAACUUACUGGAUUACCAAGAGGUGUAGCAUUUGUAAGAUUCGAUAAACGGGAAGAAGCACAAGAAGCGAUCGCACGACUACAUGGAACGAUACCAGAAGGUGGAUCAGAGCCACUUAGCGUAAAAAUCGCGGAGGAACACGGAAAACAAAAAGCGGCAUACUACGCUGGAUGGCAGGCUGGUUAUAAUCAGAGUAGAGGUGCUGGAGGUGGUCUAGGCGGUGGAGGAAGAGGCAGAGGUAUUGGAGGUCCGCCAGGAAUGGGCAUAGGUAUUAGUGGAGGUGGACCAGGAAUGUUAGGAAGAGCAGGAGGUGGUUUCGGGCCGCGUGGCGGGCCACACGGCAGCUUUCUUGGCGGAAGUGGCGGUCCAGGCGCUAUGAGGAUGGAAAAAAUUCAUCCGCAUCGCUUUAAUCCUAUUGGUAUGGGCGGCGGCUAUGUGCAGUCGCACUUCUGGUGACCUAGUAUCGUCGACGAUCUGGAAAAAUGAUCGCACAGUCAUGAGGAGGAGCCACAUGAGGCCUUUAAAAUUCAUUCAGUCGACCCGCUUUUACAGGACCAUCUGGAAUGUUUUUUUAGUGGACCGAUAGUUUUAUCUUUUUCGAUGAUUCACAAUUGAAUCACAAUGGAUGUAAAAAAACUGCAGCCUGAUCGAAUCAGAGGAAUUAAGAGGAAUGUAAAAAAAAAAA